GGUAACUAUUCAGCGUCCCCCGCAUCGUAGACCGCCGCGCCGGACGCCCGGCGCCGCGCGCGACCUCCCAGAGGGCUGCGCUGCCGUCGCGCGCCGCUCCCGCUCCCCAAAACGGGCCGCCCGCCGAGAAAUGAGACAACACCGCUAAGCGCCAAAAAAGGCCGCGCGGCGGCCCGGAGGCUGCCCCGUCACGACACACACACGCCCACCGCCACACACGCGCCACUCGCCAAGAAAUGGGCACGAACAGCCCGCUCAAAAAUUGAACGCACAGGUCCGACUCACCCUCGGACUUCUUCACCACCUUCCUCUCUCACCUUACCACCACCACAAGCCACAAUGCGUGAGUGCGUCUGCAUCCACAUCGGCCAGGCCGGUCUCCAGGGCGGUAACGCCUGCUGGGAGCUCUUCUGCCUCGAGCACGGCAUCCAGCCCGACGGCCAGAUGCCCUCGGACAAGACCAUCGGCGGCGGCGACGACGCCUUCAACACGUUCUUCUCGGAGACGGGCGCCGGCAAGCACGUCCCGCGCGCGGUCUACGUCGACCUCGAGCCGACGGUCUGCGACGAGAUCCGCACGGGCACGUACCGCCAGCUCUUCCACCCCGAGCAGAUCAUCUCGGGCAAGGAGGACGCGGCCAACAACUACGCGCGCGGCCACUACACGAUCGGCAAGGAGAUCGUGGACCUCGUGCUCGACCGCAUCCGCAAGCUCGCGGACAACUGCACGGGCCUCCAGGGCUUCCUCGCCUUCCACGCCACGGGCGGCGGCACGGGCUCGGGCCUCGGCUCGCUCCUCCUCGAGCGCCUCUCGGUCGACUACGGCCGCAAGUCCAAGCUCUCGUUCUGCAUCUCGCCGGCGCCGCAGAUCUCCAACGCCGUCGUCGAGCCCUACAACUCGGUGCUCUCGACGCACGCGCUCCUCGAGCACACGGACGUGACGUUCGCCCUCGACAACGAGGCCCUCUACGACGUCUGCCGCCGCAACCUCGACAUCGAGCGCCCGACGUACACGAACCUCAACCGCCUCUUCGCCCAGGUGGCCUCGUCGCUCACGGCGUCGCUCCGCUUCGACGGCGCGCUCAACGUGGACAUCACGGAGUUCCAGACGAACCUCGUGCCGUACCCGCGCAUCCACUUCAUGCUCACGUCGUACGCGCCGGUCAUCUCGGCCGAGAAGGCGUACCACGAGCAGCUCUCCGUCGCCGAGAUCACGAACUCGGUCUUCGAGCCGGCCGGCAUGAUGACCAAGUGCGACCCGCGCCACGGCAAGUACAUGGCCUGCUGCCUCAUGUACCGCGGCGACGUCGUCCCCAAGGACGUCAACGCCUCGGUCGCCACGAUCAAGACCAAGCGCACGAUCCAGUUCGUCGACUGGUGCCCGACGGGCUUCAAGUGCGGCAUCAACUACCAGCCGCCCACGGUCGUCGGUGGCCCGCGUCCGAAAAUUCCGUGGCGCAAUGGAUAGCGUAUCAGACUUCGAAUCUGGGGGUUGCGGGUUCGAGUCCCGUCGGAAUUGCGCGGGGGUGUAGCUCAGUGGCAGAGCGUCCGCUUUGCAUGCGGAAAGUCCAGGGUUCAAACCCCUGCUCCUCCAACCCAACACGACGCGCGUCGACCCCCGACCGGCGCCGCAGGUCCCCGGCGGCGACUUGGCCCGCGUCAUGCGCGCGGUCUGCAUGGUCGCCAACACGACGGCCGUCGGCGAGGCGCUCUCGCGCAUCGACCACAAGUUCGACCUCAUGUACGCCAAGCGCGCCUUCGUCCACUGGUACGUCGGCGAGGGCAUGGAGGAGGGCGAGUUCUCCGAGGCCCGCGAGGACCUCGCGGCCCUCGAGAAGGACUUCGAGGAGGUCGGCGCCGAGACCGCCGAGGGCGAGGGCGAGGAGGAGGACUUCGGCGAGGAGUACUAGAUCCCACCACCCAGGCGCGCCUGUGGUCCUCAUCGCUAUGACCGUCCGUGACAUCAAGGCGUUACUACACGCACUCGCAGAUGAUAGAUCCUGUAAGUCGAGUUUUUACAUA